GACCCAAUUCGGAUCUUUUCCGUUCUUCGUCGAUCUCCCAACCAUCUCUCCCUCUCGAGAUGGAGGCCUCGCCGACGAGCCGGCUGCCGGCGGCGAACUCCUUGCCGGACGGCUUCGUUGAGAGCCCCGGCGAGGCAGCGUUGAUGCCUCUUACGCCCUCUGAAUCGGACUACAAGGCUCCGUUGCUCGAUGUCGACGAACCCGUCCCUCCCGUCAUCUCUGAAGGAGCCCCAUCCCCUGAUGCCGCAUCAGAGACUGCAGAGAAGCUGGGAACUCUUUGUGAUUUGGCGGAGUCUGGCAUUGCUCCUCAAGAAGCCUCCGUAGAGAGCCGAGUAGACCACCUCUCUCGGAACCCUGAAACAGAAGGCUGCUCAGAGUUGCUUAGCACUAAUCCAGUGGAAGGAUCAAAAACUCAAAAGCCAGAAAGUUCUGAAGUGAAACGAAAAGUUGUAAAGCGCAACACAAAGUCAGAGAAAGAGUUGUUAGAAUUAACAUUCAAGUAUCAGAAGGUUAUAGUGGAAAGAGAUGCAGCUAUUACGGUUAAAGAGAAGCUUGAAUCUCUUUGUAGGGAACUGCAACGUCAGAAUAAGCUGCUCAUGAGUGAAUGCCAAAGGGUUGCAGCGGAGGGUCAAAAUUUUAGACAGGACAUAUCUACAAAAUUUAGUGAUGCAAUCAAGGAUGUGAGCAACAAGCUUGAACAGCAGAAGGAUGAAUGCCUUUCUCAAUUCAAGGAGAAUGAGAUGCUGAGGAGCAAGCUGAAACAUCUUGCUGAUCAAUAUGCUAUUACGGAACAACAAUUUGAGCAAAAGUUAAAACAGAAAAUGCUGGAACUUCAACUUGCUGAUCUAAAGCUUCAACAACACCAAGAGAGAGCAUCUCAUGAGCAAACUCAGAUGCAAUUAUAUGUUGAACAAGUUUCACAACUAUUGGCCACUGAGAAAACUUUGCGAUCACAACUAGCAGCUGAUGGGGAAAAAUUUCAGCAAUUCCAAGAUGCAUUAUUAAAAAGCAAUGAAGUCUUUGAAACAUUUAAGCAGGAGAUGGAAAAGAUGGGCAAGUUAAUAAAGGAACUCAAGAAAGAGAAUCAAUUUUUGAAGAGCAAAUGUGAGAGGUCGGAUGUUGCCAUUGUAAAGCUUAUAGAAGAGCGCGAGCUUAUGAAGAUGCAGAUUGAGAAAGUUAAAAACCAGAAGGAUAAGCUCGAAUCCUUGUGCCGAACACUACAAGAAGAAAGGAGAAAUCGUUCUUCCAUCAUUUUUAACAGCCUUACAAGUAUUGCACAGAGCGAAGUUUCUUCUGUUGCUGAGAGCUCUGAGAAAUCCGAGAGUUGAUAUAUCGAAGCGAGUUUUUGUUUGUAGUAGUUCGUCGAUCUUCCCGGACAUAUAGCUAUUUUACAUUAUUCAUACUGAGUUCAAUUGCAGGCAAAUUCUUUUUAUACUAUUUGUUAGAAAGAAAAACAUUUGCUCAAUAUGUAACUAAUUUUGACUUGGAGAAGUGAUAGGUAGAUUUUAGUAAUUUUGUGGCAGUGAAGUUGCAAAGACUAUUAAUAAAGUGUUCUUUUACUUCUUUAUUA